UUUUGUAGAAAGCCAACCCAUGAACAACACAAGGAAAAGAUGUCGGCGCACAGUCCGUGCAGACCUCUGCGAUGAUCAGAGGAGCCAUCAAAACAUUAGAAGCCAAAUGGAAGUCUUACCGCCACCGGUUUGUGCCAUGGAUAGCUGUAAACCUCCGAAAGAAUGAGAGAACUUUGCGCCAAGUUACUGCGCGCUCAGAGGACAAGACCGUCCCAGACGUGGAGGUGUCCGCUAGCCUCGUGAAACUUUUCACUGCACUUCUGGGAAAUGAUCUCUCCAAGCGAGAGGUCCUCAAUCUUUUGCCUACCUCGGUGCAAUCACGUUACGCACAAAAUGUACCCAAAACCCAAACAGACUCUCCGGGCGAGGUGAUGCUUGACGCUCUGGGUUUUCGCAUCCACCGGGGUCCAAGCUCCCUUCCCUCUGCUGGAACAAGCGUGUUUGUGACCCACGGCUCGGUCACCAAAGGGGCUACAGUGGCAAUGUACCCAGGGACAGUCUAUCAGGAGUAUGAGCCCAUUCUUCUCCAGUCUAUUGGAAACCCUUUUGUUUUCAGAUGCAUAGACCGAGUUUUGAUUGAUGGAAAUGACAAGGGCAUCUCCAAGAUUGUCUACAGGUCUUGCAGUGGGCGUGAUCAAAUGGGCCCAUUGGCUAUGUGUGAUGUCUCCUGGUUGACUGACAGGCCAGAAAACCCACUCGCAGUGGGACAGUAUGUCAACAACUGCUCCAAUGAAAGGGCAGCCAAUGUGUGUUAUCAAGAGUUUGACGUACCAGAAGACUUUCCUCUGGAACUGCAUCAGUAUCUGCCCAACGUGAGCUACAGACAUGACACCAAAAGGCCCCUGAGAUGUGUGGUGCUCGUGUCUCUGAGAGACAUCCACUGUGGGGAAGAGCUCUUCUCAAACUACUACACCAUAGUGCAUUAAGUCGCACGCAACUGGACUUUUCUGUCAUGUACUGAAGUUAAUACAUUAUUUUGUUGUAUUGAAGUGAAUAUCAUUGUUUUCUUUGCCUUUUUCGAGGCCUGGAAACAUUUCACGUGUUAUUUUGACCAUUUGUUAAUAAAUGCUUUAAAUGACUAU